AUGGAAAGGGCUUCUACUGGAUUUCUGGUUGGAUUAAGGAAAAGAUUUGCAAAAAUGGCUAGUGCCAGACCAGUAGUCAGCAGAAUAGAAGAAGAGCUGAUGAAGCCCCACAGGUUGAGUGAUCCAGUGCUGAGGAUAGCAAAGCAAGAAGAAGCAUUUGAGAUUGAAGCUGCUAUGGCGUCCUCGAGUACUUUUCAUAUGUACAUGUGGGACCAAAGCAGGGUUCUCUCUCUCAUACCCGAUUUGGUGGAGCAUAAAGAAAUUGAAAUGUCAAAGGAAGUCCAACAAGUAUCAUUAAACUGGUACUUGAAGAAUGUGGACCGGGUGUUGCUUUCGGCAAGGGAAGCACUCUACAAAUUUUCUGAUUUGACGCUCUAUAAGUCUAGACCAUCAGCCAAGUCCAGAUUUGCAGAAGUGGUUGAGCUUAUGCGGCAGCAAGUAUUUCUAAUUAAGUGCACCAUUAAAACUCAAAUUUUGUCACCAGAUACAACAUAUGGGUGUUACCUUGUGUACAAGCUCUCGGAAGAAUGUAAAGGAUUUCAUUGUCUUGUGGAAGUACGAGAUCUACUCAAUCGAGGAAACAAAGAGGCUGAAAUUGUUUACUUUAAAACCCCAAGCCCAUGGAAUGUACAUGAUAUUUUUACUCAGGUUCCACAACAAAGGGAAGAUGGUUGGAUGGAGCUUAAUGUGUGGAAAGCCAACUCUGACCACGGACUUAAGAAUGAUCUUCUUCAUGCUCUGCCAAGGCCUCAAUUGUUCUAUAGCUUUGAUCCGUAUUCAUCUGGUCCAUGCCUGGGUGGUCAGAGUCUAGGUUGA